CUUCAGGUGGGGCAGUUCCUGAGGGUGGGGAUCUGAAAUGUUGGGGUAUCUCGGGUCCUCUGGGCUGUGGGGGGGGCUCUGAAAGGCAGGUGUCCAGGUGGUGGGUCCUGAAUAGGAGAUGCCGGGAAGGGUCUCUGGGUGUCUGUGGGUGGUAUACCCCGGGGGAUGGGAAGGCCAGGGCUCAGGGCUGCAGUCUCAGACCCGGGUGAAGCAGUGUCCUUGUCCCAGGGGCUGCUGCUGUUGAUGCUGCUGAGCAUGGGCAGGACAUGGGCAUCCAAGGAGCCGCUUCGGCCACGGUGCCGCCCCAUCAAUGCCACCCUGGCUGUCGAGAAGGAGGGCUGCCCCGUGUGCGUCACCGUCAACACCACCAUCUGUGCCGGCUACUGCCCCACCAUGACGCGCGUGCUGCAGUCGGUCCUGCCGCCCCUGCCUCAGGUGGUAUGCACCUACCGCGACGUGCGCUUCGAGUCUAUCUGGCUCCCUGGCUGCCCGCGUGGUGUGGACCCCGUGGUCUCCUACGCCGUGGCUCUCAGCUGUCACUGUGGACUCUGCCGCCGCAGCACCUCUGACUGUGGGGGUCCCAAGGACCACCCCUUGACCUGUGACCACCCCCAACUCCCAGGCCUCCUCUUCCUCUAAAGACCCUCCCUGCAGCCUUCCAAGUCCAUCCCGACUCCUGGAGCCCUCAGAUACCCCGUUCCUCCCACAAUAAAAGCUUCUCAAUCCGC